CAUGGGUUGUUACUCUGAUUAAAGGUGCAGUGUAAGAGCACGAAUUGAAGAGGACGAAUAGCAUGAGAUGUCGUCCAAAUCGAACAAAACAAAUUGUUCCAAGACCAGCUCUGCUCGAUCAAAACACAGUGCUCGUGUUGUUGCUCAGACAUCCGCUGAUGCUAAGCUUCAUGAAGACUUUGAAGAGUCUGAACAGUUGUUUGAUUACUCCACUUCUGUUGACCUAAACGUCGCAAGCGCCGAUAACAAUGCCCCCUCUUCAACAAUUUCAGCUUACCUUCAACGGAUGCAGAGGGGGAAGCUCAUACAACCCUUUGGCUGUCUGAUUGCCCUGGAAGAGCAGAAUUUUGCAGUUAUUGCCUACAGUGAGAAUGCCCGUGAGAUGUUGGACCUCACCCCACAUGCAGUCCCCAGCAUUGAACAACAAGAAGUUCUCACAAUCGGUACAGAUGUUCGAACCCUCUUCCGCUCCUCGAGUGCUGCGGCCUUGCAGAAAGCCGCCAAUUUUGGGGAUGUUAAUCUCCUCAAUCCGAUAUUGGUACACUGUCGGAACUCUGGUAAGCCCUUCUAUGCAAUUUUGCACCGGGUUGAUGUUGGGAUGGUUAUAGAUUUGGAGCCAGUGAAUCCGGCUGAAGUCCCCGUCACUGCUGCUGGGGCAUUGAAAUCGUAUAAGCUUGCAGCCAAAUCCAUCUCCAGAUUGCAAUCUUUGCCGAGCGGCAAUAUCUCACUGUUAUGUGAUGUACUGGUUCGUGAAGUCAGUGAUCUGACCGGUUACGAUAGGAUAAUGGUAUAUAAGUUUCAUGAAGAUGAACAUGGUGAAGUGAUUGCUGAGUGCUGUAGACCUGAUUUAGAGCCUUAUCUUGGCUUACAUUACCCAGCUACUGAUAUACCACAGGCUUCAAGGUUCCUCUUCCUGAAGAACAAGGUUAGGAUGAUCUGUGACUGCUCGGCCCCAUCAGUGAAAGUGAUGCAGAACAAGAAAUUGGCGCAGCCAUUGUCUCUUGGUGGAUCCACAUUGAGAGCUCCCCAUGGGUGCCAUGCGCAGUACAUGACAAAUAUGGGCUCCAUCGCAUCCCUUGUAGUGUCUGUUACAAUCAACGAAAAUGAUGAUGAGAUAGAGGGUGAUCAGCAAAAGAGUAAGAGGCUGUGGGGUUUGGUAGUUUGCCAUCAUACAAGCCCUAGGUUUGUCCCAUUCCCUCUGAGGUAUGCCUGUGAGUUUUUGGUACAAGUCUUUAGUAUACAACUUAACAAGGAAGUGGAAUUGGCAGCUCAACGAAGGGAGAAGCAUAUUCUGCGGACUCAGACUAUGCUUUGUGACAUGCUCCUUAGGAAUGCUCCUGUGGGGAUUGUUACCAAAUCACCUAAUGUGAUGGACCUUGUUAAGUGCGACGGAGCUGCACUCUACUACAGAAACAAAUUUUGGUUGCUUGGCAUCACGCCCACACAGGGACAAAUAAAAGAUAUAGCUGGAUGGCUUCUUGAGUACCAUGAUCAGAGUACAGGUUUGAGUACAGAUAGCCUUAUGGAAGCUGGUUACGCAGGUGCUUCAGUUCUUGGGGAUGCAGUUUGUGGUAUGGCCGCCAUCAAGAUUACUUCAAAGGAUUUCCUCUUUUGGUUCCGUUCACAUACGGCAAAAGAGAUCAAGUGGGGUGGUGCAAAACAUGAUCCAGUCAAUAAUGAUGAUGGUAGAAAAAUGAACCCUAGGUCAUCGUUCAAUGCUUUCUUGGAAGUAGUAAAGAUGCGGAGCUUACCUUGGGAAGACAUUGAGAUGGAUGCCAUCCACUCCUUACAGCUUAUAAUGAGAGGAUCCUUGAAAGAUGAUAAUGAGAAUGACUCCAAGACAAUCUUUAAUAAUGAGAAUGACUCCAAGACAAUCGUUAAUGCUACUUCAGUUGAUGCAAGGAUCCAGAAAGUGGAUGAACUGCAUCUUGUCACUAGUGAGAUGGUUCGUCUUAUUGAGACAGCUUCCGUCCCUAUUUUGGCAGUUGAUGCUUCUAGUAAUAUAAAUGGAUGGAAUACCAAAGCAUCUGAGUUAACAGGAUUGUCUGUGGAGCAAGCAAUUGGAGUCCCUUUAGCUGACCUUGUCAUUGAUGAUUCAGUUGAAGAGGUGAAGCGCAUGCUCCACUCGGCUUUGCAAGGGAAUGAAGAGAAAAACAUUGAGAUCAAGCUUAAAACAUUUGGUUCUGAGGAGAGGAAAGGGCCUAUAAUCCUGGUUGGCAACGCUUGCUGUAACCGGGACAUGAAAGAAAAUGUGGUUGGAAUUUGCUUCAUUGGGCAAGAUGUAACAGGGCAAAAGAUGGUAAUGGACAAAUACACCCGUAUCCAAGGCGAUUACAUUGCAAUUGUGCGAAAUCCUUCUGCACUUAUUCCUCCAAUAUUUAUGAUAGAUGAAUGUGGUUGCUGCCUUGAGUGGAAUGAUGCAAUGCAGAAAUUUUCUGGUCUGAAGAGGGAGGCAGCCAUCAAUAGGAUGCUUCUUGGGGAGGUGUUCACUCUUCAUAACUUAGGUUGUCGAGUUAAAGAUCAAGACACAUUGACCAAGCUCAGGAUAUUACUGAAUGGAGUAAUUGCAGGCCAGGAUGCAGAUAAAUUGCUAUUUGGGUUCUUUGACCAGUGUGGUAAGUAUGUGGAAGUCUUACUUUCUGCAAACAAGAGGACAGAUGCAGAAGGUAAGAUCACUGGGGCUCUCUGCUUUUUGCAUGUUGCUAGCCCAGAACUUCAACAUGCUUUAAAGGUGCAAAAAUUAUCGGAACAGGCUGCAACGAGUAGCCUCAUGGAGCUGGCAUAUAUUCGUCAGGAAAUCAAGAACCCACUUCAAGGGAUCAUUUUUACACGAAAUCUGAUGGAGGCUUCUGAUUUGAGAGAAGAGCAGAAGCAACUUUUGAGGAGGACUACUCUGUGUCAGGAACAAUUAGCCAAGAUAGUUGACGACACUGAUUUAGAAAGUAUUGAACAGUGUUAUCUGGAAUUGAAUGCUGUCAAAUUCAACCUUGGGGAAACUCUGGAGGUGGUCAUAACACAAGCUAUGAUUUUGAGCAGGGAGAGACAGGUGGAACUCAUCCCUGAAUCACCAAGAGAAGUGUCCUCCAUGUUCUUGUAUGGUGAUAACUUGAGACUUCAGCAGGUUCUGUCUGAUUUCUUGACAAAUGCACUCCUCUUCACACCAGCGUUUGAAGGAUCGUCGGUUGUGCUCAGGGUCAUCCCUAGAGAAGAGCGUAUAGGGACUGCCAUACACAUUGUUCAUGUUGAAUUUCGGAUAACACACCCAGCACCUGGGAUCUCAGAAGCUUUGAUUCAGGAGAUGUUCCAUCACAGCCGGGGUUUCUCAAAGGAAGGUCUUGGCCUGUAUAUCAGCCAGAAACUUGUGAAGAUCAUGAAUGGUACUGUACAGUAUCUUAGGGAGGCAGAGAGGUCAUCUUUCAUCAUUCUCAUUGAAUUCCCAUUGGUUCGCCGCCUUAUGGAGUUUAAGUGACCUUCACUUUCCAGGAGAAUUGGAAUGACAAACUGUUUUUGCACCACCAUAUGGCCUGAACUGAUGGUGCAUCACCAUGGGCUUUUGAGAAAUUGGGGCCACAGCUCAUCACAAUGCCAGGGCUGAUUGGGCUGACGACGACAGAGGGCACCUGGCGGCAGUGUUGUGUGAUCUACCUACAUUGGUUUUCCUCUUGUUAAGAGAUAAAUUGCUCAGGACUGAGAGUGAGUUCUGUUAAAUACUCCCUUGUGGUUUGGCAUCCAAAGCAGGCGAAAAUUUAUGAAGCAAGAAAUUGUCGACUCUUUUCUUUAAUCUAUUGCUAUCUGUUCUAAGCCUUAUAAGAGUUACUGCCUGAUGAAGAGUAUCCCAUGGGAUUUAACACAUUCACAGAAGCACCACAUUAUAUACAUUUAGUUCAACUUCAACCCUAACCUGAUUUGAGCUGUUUUUAAGUAAA